AUGUGGUCACUGACGCACUUCAUGGCUUCGAAGCGUACCUCUCCCUCUGCAGACAGAGAGAUCGUCACCCGAGCGUCGAGGAUGAUCAUCCGGCUGCGACACCUCCAUGACAAGAAUGGCGAACUGGAUCAGAUGCAACUCGAAAAGGCCGUUAAACAGCUGGAGUCCGAGGAGCAAAAUGCCGCCAUCUUGAUCAGCCAAGUGGAAUCUACAACAUCGUUCGAAUGUUUCGAGCUAUCGCCGACCAAUGAAGCAACAAUGUCCACCAACGGGCGACUGACCAGGGUCUUUCCUGGGCCAACCCUGAUUUUCGAUUCCGGUGUCUUCUACGAGCAGGACCUUCGGAAAAUGGUCACCCAGACAGUCGUGCGCAUGAGCGAACAAACCGUUGCAGGAACGAAGCCAAAAGCCAAAAAAGCGAAUCAGGAACACGACGAGGACCGGGACACUACAGACCCCAAAGUUGUCGUCGAUUUUUUCACAAACACCCUCCGACCGCUGUGUACUGAGAGCGCCAACCCGCAAAUCGAGAAGCACACCCGUGAAGAAGUCUUGUGGAAAGACUGUCGCUCUCCUUGGCAUCGAUCUGCAUUAUGGCUUCUCAUCCGUGUGGCGCUGCAACUGGUGCUAUUCCGUUCAUCUGGCGGACAGGAAUCGCACAGGUUGUACAAAGAAUUCAUGGUAUUCCUCAUGAGUUCGAUCGUGAAGAGAGCAUCAGAACAGGGCUCUAGUGAAAUGGUUCACCUGAUGAUGGUCAAAACAGCCCGUCGAAUCUUGAAGCUGAAUCUCGGCGUCGCACCAGCCUGGUUCAACACCGUCCAAAAGAUUCUGGAUGAUGCAAGCAGGAAGUCAAACUUGGAAUGGAGAGGGAUCAUAAAUCGCUGUGAAAAGCCGAUCGAUCUCGAUGGCCUGCAAUAUCUCAACUUCGGAAAAGACAUUCAGUGCGAGUUGCCACAGCUGGACAAAUAUCUGAUGGACCUUAGUAGUCGAGGUGAUGGAACAUCCCAGAAAGAAUUUCAUCCAUCCGCCCAACUAGUCCAAUUCAACCCAAGGAGAUUGCCCACUGUUGUCCGCUCAUGCCCACCUGAAUAUCUUGUCCAAAAUCUUUGUGCAUUGGAAAAUUGGGUCGAGUUCCACUUGGAUGCCUGGAUGGAAGCCAAUCUGGAGCAUAGCAAUACAUGUAAGGAGGUGGGUGAUUUGAUAGCCGAGUAUCACCGAACGGCUUCAAGACAUUAUUCCCAGAACCCUGAAGCUAUCUCCAUGAUGCUUCUCACAUUGUACGAGCUGUGGAUUGCAUGCGAUAAAGCCGCACUUCAUUCUCUGCCACUGCUGAGGGAUUAUGACGCCCUUGUACCGGCCGACUGUCUAAGCUCUUUACUACUCCCUUUCAAGUCCCAAAUGAUACGCCUAGCAAAUGUGGAGAAAUACCUGGAAGAGCGCCAGCGUCACUUGAGGUAUCCAGGGUCGAAUAUAUUCCGGGAUUUCGGGACGCGGAAUAGCUUCUCUGUACGGUACUUCGAUCAGUCCACCGAGCAUCAGCACCUUCUUCAGAUGAUCGAACAGAGAGCAAGCCAUGAAAGGGAGCAAAAGAAGACCGAACUACGAGACAAGCAUGAAAAGUACACUCGGCUUAUGAGGGAGGCAAGCCAGAUUGAAUGCGAAAUGGAGGAGAUCCUGGUCGACAGAAGAUUGCGCAUUUACGAGACCCAGCAUAGCCGGUCGUGCCCCUGCCAUAAUCUCAAGUCCCAAGCAAAGUCAAUCUCAAUCAAUACGCAUGAAUGGCCCUUGCCCCGUGACCCCUUGCGAACUAAAUCAAUUGUGUUUGAGCUACGGGUCCCCGACUGUUUCGUGGCGUGGAGGGAUUCGACAUUAUAUGUUCUCCGUGACUGUCUCGGCUUCAAAUAUACUGCACCAGAGCGACCAGGAUCCGAGUGCCUAUUAACUGCAUACAAACAACUCGCCCCUUUCUUGAGACGGGGCCGGGCCCAGCGAAUUAGCGUCCUGUCGCAGAAAAAACCCCAUGAGAGAACUCACCGCCAUAAUAAGUCCGUGAUCAACGUGACAGAGAAGGACGUUUGCUUGAACCACGGGCCCCAUUUUCAAUACUUCGACAAAGAGACAGGAUACUUUGUGGAUGAUUUGGAGAAGACGCCGGAGGUUGAAACAACGUGUGGGUAUCAGCUCCCGGAAGAGAGCCAUGCCCUUCAACGAUUCCUUUGUCGCCCAUCUGCACAACCGCAUGGCCCGUCCCCAAACACCGUCAUUGCCACGCAACAUGUGACACCCGCCACCAUGUCCUUGAAUGAAUACAGAUCUCUCGCAUCGAUCCCACUUGGACUGGAGAUUCAAUGGCAAAAUAUCCUCUUGGAGCUGACAACACCUUCGAUAGACCUGAAAAAAGUGGAGACUACGUUCUUCAUCCGCCAGGUUACUAACCAAGCAGGCUCGCCUAGUGCAGAGUCAUGGAUGAGGAUCGGACACGCAAUUUUGAAAGAUUGCAACUUCACAGCCAAAGCUCUUGCUUCUAUCCAGCAGGCCACUGAAAGGAUCAAGGAGAACUGGAACAUGAUCCAUGGUCUGGAUGCGCUGAUUCAAAUCGCCCUAAAGAUUUCCAGCCUAUCUCCAUCGAGCGAUGAACGUGGAAGAUUCUUUGCCCAUCUUCAAUCAAUGCGUCAUAUUGCGUUCGGGUGGAUCCAGAGUGUGAAGCAGAAAGCGAGUCAGGAGGUUCAUGAUGCCAUCAAAACUGAAUUGUUAGCGAAAAGCGUUCAUAUUGCGUUAGUCUGCGCAGCGACCUUCGAUGCCGAUGAUCUUGCUGGGAGCUUUGCUCUGUCAUCAGAAGUUUCAAUAUUUCUCCAAUGUUGCAUGGCCAUUUGGAAUGGGCGCGUAUCCCUGUCUUUGACCCCGGGCUCGUUGCUCUCAAUCCUGUUUCAUCGCUGGCAAGUCCUAUGUUAUCGCAGCCACCCGUUUCUAUCACGCAGGUGCUCUGUCGGUCCUGAAUCCCCAAUGAAUUCGGCCAUUCAGCGUGUCUGGGCGGCAUAUCCAGGAAAUGCAUGUUGGGCCGAGAUUUCCCAAUUUAUUCCUUAUUGGCUACAUGCGGUACUUCCGUCAAGGUCGACAUCAUCUAUAGGGGUCCAGGUGCAUUACAAUCUUCUAACAGGAGAGCUCUUGGUAGACGGGCUUGCACUUGCGCGACUACCUUGUGACUACGAGUCGAGCACGACCUAUCGUAUGUUAUUUGGAAGGUCGCAGCUGGAUGUGAUGCCUAGUGAUAUACCUGGGAUGGAAUUUUCCUGUCAGCAGGAGUACUCCGGCUAUACCGUUCAUCUGGGAAAGGCUGCCAACCGUGGGUCUUCUCAGGGCGAUAUCUCGAUAAACGCAUCAAAGGAUGGCCAGACAUGGGAGUUUGUGCCGCAGAGCGUUUUCUCCGGGCAUUUUCCCGAUGAGUUUGUUGACAAAUAUGCCCACUGGUAUGCCACCGGGCGAGGAAUCGUAGAGUUUCGGCCUCUGGAAUCACCAUGGUCAUCCUCUGAUCAGCUUUGGAGAUUGCGCAAAAGCAAACAUGAACAUAAAUGGUGCCUUGAAAACCCUGAGUUUUUCUUGACCUGGAGCUUGAGCCAGACAGCCAAAGCCUUGGCCCAAGUUUUUGAGCCAUUGGAGCAAUCGUCCAAGAUACAUUGCUUCCUUGGCAAAUCAAAUGGCAAAUCAGAUCCCAUGCUACAUAUCGAUAUUCCGCGGUUGCGUUUGGGCUUCAGCCUUUCCGAAAAGUCUACUUCAAUCCAUUGUCGGCAGUAUCCGGACACGCUGAUUGAUGUCAAGCAGGGCUGUGGCUCCUUGGUAGGCCUUCGGAAUAGACUUUUCCUCGUGAAUCCUUGUUCUGGCGAUCGUCUGGUGCUCAUUCCUGAGGGCGAUCUCUCUUGGUCCGCCAAUAAGGGACACGUCCAAACCUCCGUGGCCUGGCAGCCCACGUCUCGAGUUCACGCAUUUUCCAUCGAUGAGCAGCUCGGUCGGCUUGUAGAUAAUGGAAGCAUGCAGAGCAAGCUCUUCCUUGCCUACAUCCACGCAUUGACUUCAUACUUUCUGCCCGACCCACUAACGAAAAGAACAGGGACAGAGCAAGCCCUCACGAUCUUACGUUCAGCGUCUGUCCGAUCCUUUGAUCGUCUGCGACCGGAUGAUAGUGCGAUUCUCACCAAGAUUGCAGCACUCACGCCCCAGCGAGAGUUUUACCCAAAGAAUGAAAAAGUUAUGCAAAGUAUCCAAUGGAAGCACUCCAUAUACAGUCUAUCCCAGCACCCGAGUUUCUACGAGGAGGUAGCAGCCAUCCGAGAACAAAAUCUGCAAACCUAUUUCUAUUAUCCAGAGACAGGUCUCCAUAACCCUUCCCUCCCAAACAUGAACUGUGGCCUUUUAGACCGCGAUCGGGCUCGUUCGUCGUCCUUCCGUAUAUCUGGUUUCGGCGCGGAAGACUACACAAAAAAGCACGACCGUCAAUACAAGGGCCGGGAUGGUCGCCGUUCUUCAGUCGAAAGUGCACGGGUGCUCACUAUCAGUCAAGCCCUCUGUGGCGGUGUAUUUCGAACGCAGGAGCUCGGGGAAGCGGAAUGGCUCGAUCGUAUCUGGCGAUUUCUCUCUGCCGCGUCCGAGAUGCGAAGCUCGGCAACCGGCUUCGACGCAUCAGAACUAAGAUAUAGCGCAGAGUGGGCUUAUCAGGCUUACGGAUUCAUUGCUAAGAACUGGUGUGCUAUACAUCGCUCGGUGGCUUCCGAGCAGCGGCGCGUCAACAAAUACCAAUUGAUGAUCUGGCUGUCAACUGUGGCCUACCUCACCGAUUUGGACUUGAUUGUGCUCGAGACAAUCGCUUCAUUGUUUCUAGCUCCGGAGCUACUUUGUGAUUACCACGCGAGGGGAGGCAUGUUCGACCUCACUAAGGGUUUUAAAUGGGAUUCCACUGCAGUGAAUAAUUUCAUACAGUCAGGAAAGCUCAGCUCAACCCCAGAAGAUGUCAUGGGGAUAUUGCCUCGUGAAAGUUAUAAGAGUUUCACGUCCCGAAUCAGGAGUUUGCGGAGUAGCAGGCAGAAUGAGGCAUGCCAAGUAACACUAUCAGAUCUGUCACGCCAGUGGCCAACUCGAUCACCAUCGCGGCCUGCGUCACCACCAACACUGACUCUUGAGCGGUACCUCGACUUUCAAAAAAUCAUCGCACAUGUCAGCAAGCUAUUCCACCACUGGAGCGACAACAGCAUGUUCCGAGAACGCCUGGAAGGUAUCAUCCGGCGGCUAGCUCAAAAGCCCUCUCAGCAAUUCUAUCAACGGUCAUAUCCACCGUUGCCACCCCCAGCACGUAUCAGCACCCACAAUGGAUUUAUCUCCUUUGAUGAUUUGCUGCCGAAGUCCCCUUCGCUUGGUGUGGCAAAACCGGCCUUGCGCAGCUUUGUCCAGACGUCCCACCAAGCCAACAAGCGCGGUUGUGACAUUUCCGAUCUCGUUACCUCCCUGAAACCUCAUGCUACCUCUGAGUAUGAGCAGAAGUAUAUCAGGCGCUUACAAAGCAGCGUAGAGUCAUUGGAACAUACCAGAAAACAAAGCAGUUUCAGUAUUCCCCAUGAAAAAGUCCAGGGAUGCAUCGAGGCGUACCACGAGGCGUGUGAGAAGUAUGUGAAGGACAUGUUUUCGGCUAUUGUGUCAUGGCUUCAGCCUCCGAUUUUGCCUGGUGAGCAAUCUACAAGCCGCACAUCCAGAGUGAGCUCCAUGGAUACCCUCUUCACUGUCAACCACGCUCCGAGACUCUCGCCCAUGUUGUUUAUAGAGCAGUUGAACCGUCAUCGAUGGCCCUGCCUGUCCGACGCCUGGAGACGCGCGUUUAUCGAGUACGGGAUCUCAAUCACCAUGCUUCAAAAGGCAAAGCGGCUCCGCGCCCUCGCCGGCAGCCCGCACGAUCAUCUCAAAGAGCUCGCUAACCCGGGCCAUGGGAACUGGGACCCAUUCGAACGACCGGAAAAUUUGCUCUUGGAAAUUGAGAAUGGUAUCCUGAUCCGAGAUAACCAGGCGGAUAUCGCAGAGACAAUGAUCGGCACUUCUUCAGCGCACAACGUUGUCUUGCAACUGAAUAUGGGAGAUGGUAAGUCUUCAGUGGUCGUGCCCAUGGUCGCUGCGGCUCUUGCGGACGGUCGUUGCCUUUCUCGGGUAUUCACCCCCAAACCACAAUCUCGACAAAUGCACGAAAUGCUGGUCGGAAAGCUCGGAGGGCUUUUGGGUCGCCGAUUGUAUCAUCUUCCGUUCUCUCGGUCGCUGAAAUUGGGAGAAGCUGAAGCAGACCACAUCUAUCGCAUGUGUCGUGAAUGCAUCUCGACCGGUGGCGUGAUGUUGGUGCAGCCCGAACAUAUACUUUCAUUGAAGCUUAUGAGUUUGGAGUGCUUUAUUAGUGGGAAACCUGAGGUGGGCCGCUCUUUGUUGCGGACCCUGCGAAUCUUUGACGAGCACGGGCGCGAUGUUAUCGACGAGAGUGACGAGAAUUUCUCAGUCAAGUUUGAGCUAAUAUACUCCAUGGGAGCCCAACAGCCUGUUGAGUUUGCUCCGCAGCGCUGGACUCUGAUACAAAAAGUGCUGCAGCUUGCUUGGCGAUUCGCCAGCAAGGUUGACUUGUCUCAGCCGGGCUCUAUUGAAGUGCUAAAACAAGAGAAUGGGGGAUUCCCGCGAAUUCGCGUGCUAGACCAGCGAGCUGACAGAGCAUUGGUCCAACAAAUUGCCGAGCAUAUCUGCGAGCACGGAAUCGAAUACUUGCCGAUCUCCAGGCAGCCUCAAUCUGUGAGAAAGGCCGUGCUGGCCUACAUCGUAGACCCGCAACCGACCGUGGAGAGCAUUUCGUCCGUCGAAAACGACGAGGACGGAUUGUGGAGUGAGACUUUCCGGGAUGGCCUCUUGCUUUUGCGCGGGCUAUUUGCCGGCGGCGUUCUUCCAUUCUGUUUGGGACAAAAGCGAUGGCGAGUCAACUACGGACCUGAUCCCCAUCGACAGCCACCGACUCGGCUGGCGGUGCCUUACCGUGCGAAGGACAGUCCGUCACUUCGCUCCGAGUUCAGCCAUCCUGACGUCGUCAUUCUCCUGACCUGUCUCCAUUAUUACUACAACGGGCUCACGGAUGACGAUCUCGCACUGGCCUUUGAGGACCUUGUCAAAUGCGACGAAGCGGACGCGGAGUAUCAAACUUGGGCAAAAGAUGCGCCGUUGCUUGCGCCGGCAUAUCGGCGGCUAGCGGGGGUGAACUUGGAUGAUCAGCAGCUUUGCGUCCAUUCGAUUUUCCCCGCGCUUCGAUUCUCAAAGGCGGCAGUGGACUACUUCCUGGCGCACGUGGUAUUCCCAAGAGAGAUGAAGGAGUUUCCCGAGAAGCUGUCGGCUUCUGGCUGGGACAUUGGGGAGCUCAAAAAGAACCCCGCCGUUGGUUUCAGUGGGACGAACGACUCGCGCCAAACCCUGCCCCUAUCCGUGGAGCAGCUAGACCGUCCAGAGCAAAACCACACGAACGCGUUGGUCUUGGAGCAUUUGUUGCGAGCGGAAAACUCGGCAGUCGAUAUUCCCGCCCGAGGUGGUGAAGGCAAUACCGACGCCCAGGUGCUCCUUAAGCUGGUGACUCGUCUUGAUAGGUCAACGAGGGUCAUCUUAGAUGUUGGAGCACAGGUUUUGGAGUUGAGCAAUCUGGAAGUGGCAAAGACGUGGUUAGCGAUGGUUCCACAUGACGACCACGCCCGGGCGGUCGUAUUCGUCGACGACCAACACAAUAUUUGUGUGGUAGACCGAAGCGGGCGAGUGGAGGCAUUACAGACCUCACCUUUUGCGCGACAAAUGGAUGCUUGUUUGGUGUUUUUGGAUGAGGCUCACACGCGGGGCAUAGACCUCAAGCUCCCGGUGCACUAUCGCGCAGCGGUCACCCUGGGGAUGGGGAUCACAAAAGAUAAGUUAGUUCAAGGUUCGUCAACUCUCCUCCUUCGCCCUGGCGGCGGCGAUGGAAGUGUCCGAAAAGAAAAUAUGAAGCGGAAAACUAAAUCCACAUAG